AUGACGCUUGAAGUCAUUCCAAAUAGUGCUCUCAUUUUUCAUGGUCCCUUCAAUGUCUUUUCAACAGCAACACUUAAAUUAUCGAAUACUGACAACUGUCUACUGACUUAUAAAAUUCUAACAACAGUACCAAAGCGUUAUUGUGUUAAACCAAACGUUGGUCUUCUUGAAGCACAUGCAACUGUUAAUAUACUAGUUUCGCUUCGACCAAGACAGGAUGAUCAGCCUGAUGAUCGCACUCAACAUAAAUUUAGGAUACAAUGGAUUACGGCACCAAGCAUCUCGGCUGGUAACCUCGAUACUUUUUGGUCACAAGCUUCCCAAAAUUAUGCCAUUAAAAGGUUAACAUUACGAACCGUAUUUGUUGAUGAAGAAAUAGCAGCUGCUGUACCUGAAAAUUCAAAUGGACAUCAUGAAAUAGAUGCAGUAAGUUAA